AACCUGGAAGGGAAAAACAAAAGUCCUUAGACACUACUUUUCUUGAGUUGCAUAAAGGACAGAGUGAGUUACCUGCGUGGAUUGAGAGAUGGCAGGAGGAGGAUUUGUUGCUCAACAAGGUGGAGGGGCCAGCUAUGAAGGUCGUGUCACCGCCUUUGUGGUGUGCACCUGUCUGAUUGCCGCCACUGGCGGUCUCCUCUUCGGUUAUGACCUUGGAAUCUCAGGAGGGGUGACCUCAAUGGAACCGUUUCUGAAAAAGUUCUUCCCUUCGGUUUUUGCAAAACAGAAUGAUGCAGCCAAACACGAAAGUGAGUAUUGCAAAUUUGAUAGCCAGCUGCUCACAUUGUUCACCUCUUCCCUCUACCUUGCUGCUUUGGUAGCUUCCUUCUUUGCUUCAGUUGUAACAAGGAUCUUUGGCCGAAAAGUUUCCAUGUUCGUUGGAGGCCUUGCUUUUCUCGUCGGUUCCAUCUUAAAUGGUGUUGCUAUGAACGUUGCAGUCCUAAUUAUUGGCCGUUUGUUGCUUGGUGUGGGUGUUGGAUUUGCUAAUCAGUCUGUUCCAGUUUACCUAUCCGAAAUGGCACCAGCAAAGAUUAGAGGAGCUUUGAACAUUGGUUUCCAAAUGGCCAUUACAAUUGGAAUUCUAGUCGCAGGCCUUAUUAACUAUGGUACAGCAAAGAUCGAAGGUGGAUGGGGAUGGAGAGUUUCUCUGGCUCUUGCAGUCGUUCCUGCCUUAGUGAUGACCCUUGGAGCGAUCGUGCUACCAGACACUCCCAAUUCUAUUCUUGAGAGAGGCCAUUCUGAGAAGGCAAGACAAAUGUUGCAAAAAGUUCGAGGCACCCAAAACGUUGAUGAUGAGUUUCAAGACCUUGUUGAUGCGAGUGAAGCUGCCAAGAAGGUGGAUCACCCGUGGAGGAACAUUCUCCAACCAAGAUACAGGCCUCAACUUGUCCUCUGCAUUCUCAUUCCAUUCUUCCAACAACUCACUGGCAUUAAUGUGAUCAUGUUUUAUGCACCUGUUCUCUUCAAGACCUUGGGUUUUGGUGAUGACGCGUCACUCAUGUCCGCGGUUAUCUCUGGCACUGUGAAUGUCCUCGCCACAAUUGUUUCCAUUUAUUCUGCUGAUAGGUACGGAAGAAGGAUUUUGUUCCUUGAAGGUGGCGUUCAAAUGAUUAUUAGCCAGUUUGCGGUUGGAAUCACGAUAGCCUUGAAGUUUGGGCUCAAUGGUGAGGGGACCUUGUCAAAAUCUGAUGCCAACUUCCUGCUUUUCUUAAUCUGUGUGUACGUAGCAGCAUUCGCAUGGUCCUGGGGGCCAUUGGGAUGGUUGGUACCUAGUGAGAUUUGCCCUCUAGAGAUCCGAUCAGCUGGACAAGCCAUCAACGUUGCAGUUAACAUGAUCUUCACCUUCAUCAUUGCUCAAGUUUUCCUCUCCAUGCUUUGCCACAUGAAGUUUGGCCUCUUCUUUUUCUUCGCUGCCUUUGUUAUAAUCAUGACUAUCGUCAUUUACUUCUUCUUGCCUGAGACAAAGAACGUCCCGAUUGAAGAGAUGAACAAAGUAUGGAAGCAACACUGGUUCUGGGCCAAGUACAUCCCAGAUGAGGCUGUCAUUGGUGCCAACCGCAAAGUUGAGCAAAGGGAUGCUUGAAGCAAGAUCCAACACAUGUGCUUUGCUAAUUAUUUAGGUUAAGGUUCUGGUUGUGACCAUCAGGAAAGGAAAAUAACAUGAAGCAACAGCAGAACAACAAAAACAAAGCUCUGUACCCUUUCACCUUUACUAUGACACACCGAAACUUGACCAAACUUUAA